GGAGAAUUGGGAACUGGACAGAUGGAGAAGGAUGGGGUGGGGUAAAGAUUUUCAUGCUAUACCAUUUUAUAUUUUUAUUUUUGGAUCAUAUGAACAUAUUUCCUUUUUGUUAAAAAGAAAAAGAGAGGAAGAGAAGACGGCUUAGUACUGACACUUGCUUUCAUCCAAAUGUUGGUAAGAAUGAGUGUCUUUGUCUAUCUGUAUAUGACGGGCAGGGAAAGCUCCGAGAGUUGCAGAAUUCAAUAGUUUUAUUGAUAACUGCUCUCUGCUCAUUGGUAGUGAGAAUGCGGUAGAGGGAUGUUUCAGAGAAGGAAAGCAAAUGCAUAACUCAUCUCUCUUGAAAUCUGCCAACUAUGGAUUCAUUGUCUGAGUUCGUUUUGUAUAAAAAUGAAAUUAAGUGUUUUGUUUAAAAAUUAGGGGAUACACAGAAAAAGAAAAUUAGACCUUCUUAAGGACUGCAAGAGAGAGAGAUCUUUUCCACAUAGCUCAUGGACCACAAUUGUGCAGCAUUCGUGAACUUGACCAGUGGAGCAGGGGUCUAGGGUAGGAGGGGAGCCUUUAAAACAAUUUGAGAAACAAUGGCACGAAAGGAUAACACCAGAUCAGGGCUGGAUUAGCCGUAUAAGAAAAAAGGCAGGAAAAAAAAAGCUCUUCCAGUUUGAACGUCAGAUAGCUGGAUUGAGAUGAAUUGGUGGCUUGGAGCAUUCCAGGUACCUGUGUACUUACUAACUAGUUAUUUGGAGGGGUGUUUUAACAUUCUCGGUGUGCUCCAUUUUAUUUUAUCUUUUUCAGAACAACUCAAUCCUUGGGGUUUCUUCUCUAGUGUUCCGUGCAUCCUCUGGGGGUCAAGCGCUGAACUGGACUGCUGUGUGGCAAUGGGAGAUGCGAGGCACAGGACGCGGAUGCUGUUGGAAUGCAGCCUCAGUGACAAGUUGUGUAUUGUCCGGGAGCAGCAGUACGAAGUUAUCAUCAUUCCAGCGCUGCUGGUUGGGAUCUUCCUCAUCCUCCUUGGCGUCAUCCUGUGGCUUUUCAUCAGAGAACAAAGAGAGCACCAGCCGUCUCCUGCACUACGAAGUGUUGCCCACGCGCCUCCAUCUAGGAGCCUAAGCUGGGAAGCAGCAAGACCUGAAGGAAGUGUGUUUGUACCACUUAAGGAGACAUCGGUGGAAAGCCUUCUACGAACUUCCACACAUGCCCUGGCUAAGCUGCAGGUGCCCCGGGAGCACCUCUCUGAAGUUCUGGAGCAAAUCCACGAUGGUAGUUUUGGGACCAUCUACCGAACCAAGAUAUAUACUGGGGACCCUGAUAAGACCAAGCGUGUUGUCCUCAAGGCUUUAAAAGAACCAGCUGGGCUCCAAGAGGUGCAGGAGUUCUUAGGGCGAAUCCAGUUCUACCAGUACCUGGGGAAGCACAAGAACCUGGUACAGCUAGAAGGCUGCUGCACAGAAGGGCUGCCGCUCUACAUGGUGUUGGAGGAUGUGGCCCAGGGGGACCUGCUCAGCUUCCUCUGGACCUGUCGCCGGGACGUGAUGACCAUGGAUGGCCUUCCGUAUGACCUCACAGAAAAACAAAUAUAUCACAUAGGGAAGCAGGUCCUUUUGGCUGUGGAAUUUCUCCAGGAUAAGCGUCUGUUCCAUGGGGACGUGGCAGCCAGGAAUAUCCUGAUCCAGUGUGAUCUCACUGCUAAGCUCUGCGGACUGGGCCUGGCUUAUGAAGUCCACUCGCGAGGGGCCAUCUCGUCUGCUCGCAUGGUACCUCUCAAGUGGCUCGCCCCAGAACGGCUUCUGCUGAGACCAGCUGGCAUCAAAGGAGACAUCUGGUCUUUUGGGAUACUGCUCUACGAGAUGGUGACUCUAGGGGCACCUCCAUAUCCUGAAGUCCCCCCUACCAGCAUCCUACAGCAUCUACAAAGAAGAAAAAUCAUGAAGAGACCCAGUAGCUGCACACACACCAUGUACGGUCUCAUGAAGUCCUGCUGGCGCUGGAGUGAGGACAGCCGCCCCUCACUUACAGAGCUACACUCACGCCUAGAAACUGCUGCUCGAACUGCAAAUGACAAGGCUGUGUUGCAAGUACCAGAAUUGGUGGUGCCUGAAUUGUACGCAGCUGUGGCAGGCGUCAGCGUGGAGAGUCUCUCCUAUAGCUAUAGCAUCCUUUGAAGAUCCUGGGGCAACACACAUUUUGGGGAGAUCAUAUACUCUGGGAACCAAUUCCUCCAAGAACAGAGACAAGAUUUUCUAGUGGGACAUAGAGGAAGGAACGGGACACGGAUCCCGCAUCUUUCCCUACACAUUUCCCUAGACACCGGAGAUGAUGCUAGACGAGGCUGCACAUACCAUAUACCCUCGAGACUGAGAAGUACAGUUUCAUUUCUGUUAUCCCAGUCCUGCAGAUGCAGGGUAGAUGGGAUGGACCGUGUCAAUGCAAGGGAGGUUUUACAAGUCUGCGGUGUUUGUCGCAGCAUGGCACAGAUAAGCUGGUCCCUCCCACCACGGGCUGGUUUCCUUUGAAACGUGAUUUCAUCUAGACUAUUAUAAGGUCCAGAAAAUUGGAAUCAAAUGAGGGAAGAGAAAGCUGAUAAAGAAGUUGAUGAGAAGAAAAUUGAAGGUUCUACGUGCUCAGGAGUAUAGAUGAGAACCAAGGUGAUCCUUCAGAGAGAAGGGGGAGGAAGGACACACAGGACUUCAUUCCUGGUCCAUGCAUGCAGGGCUGAAGGAGAACCAUUAAGGAAGACUUCUGAGCUCCCCCUAAGGUGUAUAUAGGAGAAAUAUGGUCCCCUUUGAUCUAAUUCUGAGGUAGGUGAACCCUGUUGGUAUUAUUUUAACUAGAAGCUGGAGGGGUCAUUUCAUGAUUAAGAACAUUCAACAUGUACUUUUCAACAGUCUGGCUUCCUGGCCCCUAUGAGACUAGGGAGACUGAGACCAGAGGGUCAAUUGGGUCGAUGAUGAAUACACACUGUGUAUGUAAUAAAUGGGAAAUGUGGAAAUCAAGCAAAAGUGCUUAGUAGGCAAGGACGUCUGUAACCAAGGGCUAGAAAAGGAUGUAACCUGAGAUGGAAGGAUGAUAGGUUCCCAUUUUCAAUCAUCCAAUGAUCUACUGUGGAACUUAUUUCAUUAAAUUCAUAUUUAUUGAGUGAAAGUAGGCUUUUCAGGUUAUACAGUUGCCCAAAUCUCUCCAAUAGGGAGGAUGACAGUAGAUAAAUGAAACCUAAUGUCAACAGAAAAAUUCAAGAGGCAGUCUACGCUGUCAGAAAAGGGAUUCCUCAUGCGUGAAAAGGGGAUACUACCUACCUCACAGCGCUGUCAUGAGGAUUGAACGACAGUAUAUAUUUGCACCGUAUCCGGCACAUACUAUGUGCUCAAUAAAUGUUAAUUUCCUUACUCUCAUCCUUACUAGCCUAGACUCUUUCAUAUCUUUUUCAUUUAACACCUAUGGUGGCCAAAAGAGAACCUCAGUCUGUCAGCCACACUGCAAGGGAGGACACGCUUAAAGAUGAUGGUAUGGUACAAAUACCACUUGACUAAAAUGAGGAAGUCAUAAUUUUUGUGUGACCAUCUGGGUGAUGACAUCUC